UAAUGUAAUUUAACAGAAGAAUGUGUCAACAGGAUGCACUCACUUAAAAUUCAUCUUAAGUGUUUCCCAUCUGAUCGUUACGCUAUUCUUUUUUCAGUCGUGGUCCAUGAGGGACACUGCAUGUCGAUUGGGUACUUCGUGUAAAGAGUUAAUAAACACACGAAGGACAGCAUUUUUUAUUUCAAACGUCAUACAGAAGGGCGUGAUAAACCUUACUCGUGUCCAAGAUAAAAAUCUCACGUUGCUGGGUAACACUGGAAAUAAAUAAGCACAAAAUAAUGAGCACACGGACAUCAAAAACAAAAUAUUGUUAAGCAGAUUAGUCCCCACUUAUCCCGCUGCGUGCAUUCGCUUUCCAGAGGCACCGUGGGUUCUGAGUUGCCUCCUUCGUCCUCGUCUUGGUUUCUGUUCGCGAUCUCCCCAGAAUCUGAAAGGAGAGACGGGUGCGCAACAGCAGAGACUACGCUUUGAUACGGAGAGGAAUCAGUGGAGCGAGGAAGAAUAAUGAGAAUCGGAUUUUCUUUGCGCCCAGAGGAGAAAACCGCAGCAAUGAAUAAAUAAACAGGGCGGUUGUAAAACUCCAGGCGGAUCGGCCAGUCGUGACCACGAGAGACUACGCAUGUAAGAUCGCUUCAACUCAGUGCAUGAGAAGACCACCAGCCGCAUAGGCGCCUUCAGAAUGCGGGCGUGAGAAGAACCAUACUACGACGGGGGAAUUCAAGUGCAACGGCGGCCGAGUGAACGGCUCCCCCACAACAGUCUUGAGGGCCAGGGGGUGUGUGCGACUGCAGGGCACCAGCAUGUCGAACCGAAAGCACCGGGACAACCAGGAGAUAUGCGCCCGCAAGGUCCGCGAGCUCGCGCAGACGGGAGUGAACAAGCACUGCUUCGAGUGCAACCAACCCGGGGUGACUUACAUCGACAUCACCGUGGGCUGCUUCGUAUGCACGUCAUGCUCUGGAAUGCUGAGAGGGCUCAACCCACCCCACAGAGUUAAGUCUAUUUCCAUGACAACCUUCUCCCAACAGGAAGUGGAGUUUUUGCAAAACCAUGGCAACGAGGUUGGAAGGAGGACCUGGCUCUGCACAUUUGACCCCAAAACAGAUGGCUGUUUUGAUGCUCGUGACACACAGAAGCUGAAAGAGUUCUUGCAGGACAAAUAUGAGAGAAAGAAAUGGCAUUUCUCUAAAAGCAAGAUUCGCAGAGAUGUGAGUGAGUCACCAUGGGGUCCAGGGGUUCAGGCGAUUCCAGCUCCACACGGUCCCGCUCAGAAUCAACCUCCACCAGGACAUCCUCUGAACCCCACUACCCGGCCCACUCGGACACUGUCCCAGUCCCAGUUGUCAAUAUGGGACAGAGCUCCUGCUGUCUCCCCAGCUGAUAGCCGUACUGAGGUGUUCACUGCCAGACCAACUCGCUCACAGAGCUUCAGAGAUCAUCCCAUUAAAGACACAUUGUUAAGUGGUGUGGAGAGACAGAGGCCAGGAACAAUUUCUUCUGGAUUGGGACACCAGAAUCAUCCCUCCUCUUUUCCAGCCCUUCCACGUCCUUCAGCAAGUAGCACUUUCAAAAACAGCUUUACUUUAGGUCGCACUCUGUCAACUGGGGGUGGAGCUCCAUUUAGGGCCUUCCCUAAAUCUUUGAGUUUGGAUUUUGGGGGUCUAAGCCACGCCCACAACACUCUAAGUUCUGCUGCUCCGCCCCCUGUCACUCAGGAUAAGUAUGCAGCCUUAUCACAGCUUGAUAAAGUGUUCUCAGACAACACACCUGUCACAGCUAUUACAACAGCUCCCUCUGAUGGACCCCCUCAGUAUAGCAGCCUCUUUAGUAACCGUCUGUCCUCCAGUUCCACCCCUGCAAGUUCUCCAGGUGUUCCAGAGGCCACCUCUGGAUCUCAAACGUUUGCAAAUUUCCCAAACCCCUUCAAUUCUACAGCCAGUUGCGCCCAGCCUGUUCUGUCUCCUAGUAACCCCUUCAAAAGCACAGCCUCAGAUGAUGCCUCCUCCUCAGCCAUCUUUCCUCAGUCUGUCUCUUUUCCUGCACCCACCACCCAAAGUGCUUUUUCACACCAACAGUCUAGUAACCAGGAAGCGAACGGUUUCAACUCAUUUCCUGCCCCUGAGUCGGUCCCUAAAGUCCCACGACCAAUGUCUGUCAACCCUUUUACCGGGAAUGUUUACCCGAGCAGAGGAGCAUCACUGAACCCUUUUAUCUGAACCACCUCGGCCAUGGAGAAAGAAGAGAGCGAGUGAAGCUUGUUUACUUUGCCAUACCUACAGAAAUCACCCUACACUUUUACGUGUGUCUUCAUGUAUGUUUAAAGGUGUGUGCGUUUGUUAGCAGAUAUUGUACAUGUAACUAUUUGUACAUGCUUUGUUGUAUGUGUGUGUGUGCGCGAGUGUGUGUGUUUGUAUGUGCCCUUUUGUACCAAAUGCUAUAAACUAAGCUUUGUGUGUGUGUGUGUUUGUACAUACAUCAGUGUGGGUUUUGCCUAAUAUCAGAGGAAUUUUUCUGAUGAUAGGAGAACUUCAGAUGAAGGUGCUUAUGAGAGCCAUUAACACUCACAAACACACACACAAGCUGCUGCUUUGACCUUUCCACACAGUACUAGAAAUUCUCGUGCCAAUAUCGCCCUAACCUGAGUGCCCACUUACUUCUCUCAAACACAGAGGUCGACACAUUACAAUAAAAUAGUAGCAAUUCGAGCUUCAGAUCAUCUCAGUAAUGCAUUUCUCCUCAGUGCCGAUUUGGUUUAUUUGAUUCAGAUGCAUGUUAAUAAUACGGCAUAAACAAAGCAGGCAUUUCCCUCACUUUUCGGUCUGUGUACGUAUGCCGGGCUUGUUUCUAUUUAUUUUGACAUUGACGUUUCAUUUCAGACGUUGAUAAGUAUUUGUGUGUGCAUUGUCGAACUGCAUGCGCUUCUUAAGCUGAGCAGGAAGCUGCCGAAUGUACUGCAGUUUCAGUUAUUAUGAGGGAAAAAAGCGUUUCUUGUAUGGACCAAAAAUUGUCUGAGUUUUCUGUAUAACGUAGAGAUGGUUUCUUUUGCAAAAGAUUCAUAUAGAAUGUCUUUGUAUCAAGAUGUAUCCAUAUGCAUAAAGCUAUCCAUAACUGUCGUGUCGACGUGUAUUGUCUAUGUGAUGCAAAUCAAACUGAAUUUGCUGCUUUUGGAAUUUCAUGCAAUAUCUUUUUAUGACAGCAUCAUUUAUAUUUUUCUGUGAAGAUCAUUAUUGCAUUAUGAAUGUAUUUGCACUCUAUGAACAUUAGGGCUUUCAACUGAAAAUUAAAAUAUAAAACGUAUAAAUUUCACCUCUCACCUGAUCUAGUCUAAUUUUUAUGAACGGGUGAUUGUGGUUUGAUAGAGUUAUAGUUGAAAUAGCUGGUUAGUGCUAUACUUAAUCUACAAGUUAAUAUAUACCACCAGUCAAAAGUUUUUGAACAGUAAGAUAUUUAUUGUUUUUUAAUGAAGACUUUUCUGCUCACCAAGUCUGCAUUUAUUUGAUCAGAAGUACAGCAAAACAACAGUAAAAUUCUGAAAUAUUUUUACUAUUUAAAAUAACUGUUUUAUGUUUGAAUAUAUUUUAAAAUGUAAUUAAUUCCUGUGAUCAAAUCUACAUUUUCAACAUCAUUACUCCAGUCUUCAGUGUCACAUGAUCCUUCAGAAAACAUUCUAUUAUGCUGAUUUGCUGUUCAAGAAACAUUUAUUAUUAUUAUUACCUGAAAAAACAUUCUACUCAGCUGUUUUCAACAUAGCAAUAAUAAUACAUGUUUUCUGAGCAGCAAAUCAGAAUAUUACAAUGAUUUCUGAAGGAUCAUGUGACUGGAGUUCUGAUGCUAAAAAUUCAGCUUUGAAAUCACAAGAAUAAAUUACAUUUUAAAAUACAUUCAAAUAGAAAACAAGUAUUUUACAUGGUAAAAAUAUUUCUAAAUUUUACAGUUUUUGCUGUACUUUGAAUCAAAUAAAUGCAGACUUGGUGAGCAGAAGAGGCUUCUUUAAAAAACAUUUAAAACUUUUGACUGGUAUUGUACUUCUAAAUAUUACUUUGGUGAACCACUGCAGCUUCUAAAAAUCCACACAGUGCCAUAAAUAUUUAUUCAUAUAUUUUUAAAUAAAUGUUUAACCUAAAAUUCUUGUCCAUGUUGUCAAAUACCCAGCUGCAAUGGACCAAUCAGUUCACUAGGUGUCGCAAGUAAUCUAUUUUCAAUCAUUUUCAAUCUAUUAUUAAUCAAUAAUUUAAAGAUUUUAUUUUAUUUAUUUAUUUAAAUUACAUUUAUAAUGUACACCUGCAUUACUGACUUAUUCAUAAUGUACAGCCAAACCCAUUUUUGUUCUCACAGAAAGUAAAACCAAAAAUGUUUGGCAUCUUCUGAAUGUAUUAAAAGAUGAUACAACCGCAUUAGUUCUGCCUUAUUUUUAAGCCUUUUGCCCAUUGUUCUCCUCGUACUGUCACUCCAACUAUUUAUCUGCAAUAAAUUAAGAGAUUAAUGACUACAA